AUGGACAACACAGAAGCAAUGGAUGUCGAAAACGGAGUAGAAAAGAAUGACAAAAAACUCCCCUUUUCAAUAGAAAACUUACUUUCAGACAAAUUUAAAGAAACAAAAAAUGUAACAAAUAAUGAACCUGGUGCAAGUGGUGAUAAUGAUAAAGCUGUGUUUGAUUAUCCGAAGUAUAAUGAUGAUAUUGAUGAUAAUGAUAAUGAGUCAGAUGAUGAUAAAAGUGAUGUUGAUGUGGAGAGCUCGACGGAUGCGCAGGAGUUGGAUAAAGUUGCUGAUUAUCAACAAUCAAGCUCCUCCAGAGGCAAGCGCGCGCGCACCGCAUUCAGCGCGCAGCAGAUCAAGAGUCUAGAGGCGGAGUUUGAGAAAAACCGGUACCUGUCUGUAGCCGCCCGCGGACGGCUGGCGCGGCAGUUACGGCUGACAGAGACGCAGAUCAAAAUCUGGUUCCAAAACCGACGCACAAAAUGGAAACGGAAGUACACCAACGACGUAGAAUUACUCGCGCAGCAAUACUACAGCAGUCUCGGCAUAGUCGCUCCCCGACCAAUGUUCGUAGGCGACCGAUUAUGGAUCUUCAACUACCCUAACCGAAUCCCACCAACACAACAGCAACAGUGGAUGAAAUCUAUUAACAUCACGCAACCACAGAUACAAAGAAGUUUACCUUUUAAACCGGAAGUGCCAUUCGCCAUGCCACCGUAUCCGAACGAACGCUUCUUUCCUGAACGCAACCUUUUGACAGCUCCUGUCAAAAUUCCAGCGCAACCCCGCCUUUUGCCGCGCGAAGUUUAUAGCAAUAUGGCGACUGCCCAAAGAAGUCUGGACGUUUAUAAGAAUAAUAUUUUAAGUCAUAGUCCUACUCAGGAGAACGUUGAUCAUUUGAGGAGGUUAGAGGAGAAUUUUAGCAUCUAAAUAUAGAAAUUUGAAGUAGUCAGCCAAGGUACCUAAUUGCAGUUAUUCAAGGCAAAAGCAACUACCUAAUACUCUAAAAAUACAAGUAGUGAGUGUAUAACUAGUCACUUAUUCAUGGCACACUUUCGCAUAUAUGUCAUAGAGUUCACACGUAGUUGUCAUAGUAUAAGAGGCUCUACUUCUUGAUGUAUUUGUAAGGGUAGUAGCAUUUGCCCCAUAGUUGCAAUUGCUCUGGCCGAACUUAUUGUAUUUACCAAAGAUUUGUUUAAUUUUUAAUAAGUGCUUUAUUUAAUAUAUUAUACCGGGUC